UUAACUGCUUCCUAUUUUGUUCUUUGCAUUCUCAGUUGUUAUAUAUGAUUCUAUUGUUCUCUAAUCUUUUCACCUUUGAGUUUUCCCUCUUUUACUCCACUGAAUGUUUUCUCUGAUUUUGUUUCAAUUCUGGGUUUUACUUUGUCCUUGUUUUUGGGUUUUCUGAUUCCUUCGAAAAUGGGUUGUUCAUCAUCUUCCAAAGAUGUUUCUGAAAUUUGUAGCUUCGGAUGUCGGUUCUGCAUAAUUUGUUGCUUAGCACACAAUUUAUGACUACUUGCGGUUUUCAAGAACCUAGCAAAGAGCCAUAGGGGUAAGAGGCGAUCGUCUUAGGAACCGAGAAUGCUGGCUGCAUAAAUCGUGUGUAGACCUGAAAAGAAUUAGAAAGGAACGAGAUUGUCAAUGCAAGCGUCUCAACGUCUCAGGACAUCAAGCAUGUCGAAUACAAUGUACUAUCAGCCUGUUCAAAAGGCGGAGACCUACUGUCUGCCUCAAUUUCAGAAUUUAGACCACCAGCCGAGCUUCACUAAUAACAGCAUAAAUGGAGGUAAUCACGCCAUUCAUCCUCAUUGUGCCAGUUAUUACACCGAAUUUUCCUUGAUGAGUAGGGCUCACGGUCUUCACAACUCAUCGUCAACUCUCAGUUUCUCGCCAAAUGGGAAUUCUGUUUCCCAACAAGAAUCUCAGGCGUACAUAUCAGGCCUGCAUCAAUCCCCUGCCACUACUUACAGCUACCCCAUUCGUGAAUCGUGCUUUGGGGAUGAAGUGAAUGAUCUUGAUUUCAAAGACAAGUUGAGGGAAUUAGAAACCGUGAUGCUUGGACCUGGUUCGGAUAUUGUGGAGAGUUAUGCAAAUACCAUAGUGUCGCCAGAAAUAGACAGCUGGGAGGAAAUGAUUGUGGCCAUCCCCCGAGGGGACUUGAAACAGCUCCUCGUUGCCUGUGCAAAAGCAGUGUCGGAUAAUGAUUUGCUGACAGCACAAUCGUUAAUGUCUGAGCUAUGGCAAAUGGUAUCGGUGUCGGGGGAGCCAAUUCAGCGACUAGGAGCAUACAUGUUGGAAGGGCUAGUAGCGCGUUUGCCUGUUUCAGAAACCUCGAUUUACAAAUCUCCGAGAUGCAAGAAACCAUCGAGUUUCGAGCUGCUUUCUUCUAUGCAUAUCCUGAACGAGGUCUGCCCUUACUUCAAAUUCGGGUACAUGUCAGCUAAUGGCGCGAUUGCUGAAGCAAUGAAAGACGAAAAAAGAGUUCACAUAAUCGAUUUCCAAAUCGGGCAAGGCAGCCAGUGGGUGACUCUAAUCCAAGCUUUUGCUGCUAGGCCAGGGGGGCCACCCGAGAUUCGAAUAACCGGAAUAGAUGAUUCUACAUCAGCUUAUGCGCGCAGGGGAGGCCUAAGCAUCGUGGGGAAGAAUCUAUCCAAUCUCGCGGAGUCAUUCAAAGUACCAUUUCAGUUCCACGCUGUAACCAUGCCAGGCUGCAAAGCUCAACUCGAAAACCUGACAAUUCAACGCGGAGAAGCACUGGCUGUGAACUUCGCCUUCAUGCUACACCGUAUGCCAGAUGAAAGCGUGAGCACGAGCACUGAUAAUCCCCGGGGCCAUCUACUUAGGCUCGUUAAAAGCCUGAACCCCAAGGUAGUCACCCUCGUCGAGCAUGAAUCCCAAUCAAACAGUCCUGCUUUCUACCCCCGGUUCCUUGAAGCCUUGGAUUAUUACAGCGCGAUGUUUGAGUCUCUGGAUAUGACCCUCCCAAGGAAUCACAAACAGCGCAUCAACGUGGAGCAGCAUUGCUUGGGGAGAGAUGUUGUGAACAUAAUAGCCUGCGAGGGAACCGAGAGGGUGAAGAGGCAUGAACUUCUUGAUAAGUGGAAAUCGCGGUUCAGAAUGGCUGGUUUUAGUCCAUACCCUUUGAGUUCUUUGGUGAAUGGUACAAUCAAAACAUUGUUGGAAAACUACUCUGAUAAAUAUAGGCUGGAAGAAAGAGAUGGAGCCCUUUAUCUUGGCUGGAGGAAUAGAGAUUUGGUUGCUUCAUGUGCUUGGAAGUGAGUAGUACUCUUCUGUUAUGUUCUCUUUCCAAUGUAAAAUAGCAAACAAAGAUGGAACCUCUACUUGUCUCUGUAUUGUCUUUUUUACUUCUGUAAUAUAGCUAAAGCCAGUAAUAGUUGGAAUGGUGGGAUUACCAAAUACUCCGUACUAUAAAGGAGUUUAUAAAUACAGUAGUGAUUUGUAUGUAAAAUAAUACUCUGUAUGGAGUAAAAAGGGUUUCACCUAUGAUUAAGG